CCUGCUUUUCGCCGCCCCUCCUUUGUCGUCGGAUGACGCUUCUUAUACGCUGCUUUUGUUCCAGUUUACAGACUUCGAAGGACCCCGCGUUGCCUAAUUGCCCGCCAUUUGAAGCCGUCCUGCCACGAUGGCGUCACGAGCAGACAGCGCACACGACUUGCUCGAUUUGGAUAUCCAAACAUUGCGACAAUAUGUUGAGCUAUUUCCGAAUGAGGGCCUAUCGAAGGUGUUGACCGGGUAUUUGAGCAGCGGAAUCUCGAAAUAUCCGCUUUCAGAGGAGACAGAUGCUCCGGAUCUGAGUGAGGGCGGCGUCUCUCUGAACGAGGAUGUGCCGCUUUCUCAGGAAGACUGUUUGGUGAUGAUGACUGAAGGCAUCCUAGAAGCGAAGGACUCUCCACUAGCCCAUUGCUUGCUUGGAGACUACUACCUCUCGUUGGAAGAAUACGAGAGCGCAGUCGAGACGACCCGAAAGGGCCUGAAGCUCGCCGCUGCGGCGUCGAAGAAGACGGAUUUGCCCUUCCAAAGGGUUCGGGACGCACUAAGCAGCACCCUUGCUACGGCCCUCGUGUACUACCAAACGCCAAGGAAUCAUCCUGAGGCGAAGGAGAUAUUUCAAUCCAUUCUAAAGCGCAAACCCCAAUUCACUUCAGCAUUGAUUGGCAUCGGUCUCAUUCUUGAAGAAGAGGAAGAGUACGCGGAAGCUGUUGAAUUCCUUGAACAGGCACUGAAGCAGGAUCCCUCCAAUGGACGUAUUGGCGCCGAGACUGCGUGGUGCCAGGCGCUCAGCGGCGAUUAUGCGGCCGGAUUAGCAAGACUACAGGAGUAUCUGGAGUAUCCCCAAAUGGACGCUUCAACGCAACGAGGCAGAGAACUUCGAGCGCAGACCCUGUACCGUAUUGGCGCCUGCAUCUGGGAGCUAGACACUACGAAAGCAGCCCGGCGGGACCGACAAGGAGCCUACACCAGGUUCCUUGCUGCAAUUAAAGCCAACCCGAACUACGCGCCGCCAUAUACGAAGCUUGGUAUCUUCUACGAAGACUACAACAAGGACAAGAAACGAGCCAGACAAUGUUUUCAGAAAGCCUUCGAGCUAUCGCCUUCCGAGAUUGUUGCAGCGGAACGCCUUGCUCGACUAUUCGCAAACCAAGGCGAAUGGGAUAUUGUCGAAGUGGUGUCUCAACGAGUUGUCGAUUCUGGAAAGAUUCGCGUAGCUCCAGGAUCCAAGAAGAAGGGAGUGAGUUGGCCCUUUUCCGCGCUGGGCGUAGUUCAAAUGAACAAGCAAGAAUACCAGAAAAGCAUUGUGUCGUUCUUGUCAGCUCUCCGCAUCAGCCCGGACGACUAUCACUCGUACAUUGGCCUUGGUGAGAGCUAUCACAACUCCGGACGAUAUAUUUCCGCUGCAAAAGCUUUCAACUAUGCCGAGAGCCCUGCCGACGGCGUGGACAUGAAGAAGAUGGAUGGCGCGGGCUGGUUCACAAAGUACAUGCUAGCAAACGUCCAUCGAGAGCUGAGCGAGUUCGACGAGUCUAUCAGAGGGUAUGAGGAAGUUUUGAGUGAGAGAUCCCAAGAAUUUGGCGUCUCAAUCGCGCUCGUGCAGACGCUUGUGGAGAAGGGAUGGCGUUGUAUCGAAACUGGCUUCUUCGGUGAAGCAGCCGAUAGUGCGAUCAGAGCGGUUGAGGUUGCAACUACGAUCACAGAUUACAAGCCGGACGCCUUUAAUCUUUGGAAGGCUGUCGGCGAUGCAUGCGGUUUGUUCACCUGGGUCCAAGGGAAGCUGGACCAGUUUCCCACGACAAUGGUGGGGGACCUUUUGAGCAGCAAAUCCGACGUCGAGCUUGACUAUGACGCUCACAAAGACAUUGAUGGCAUCGGCUCAGAUGAGCUUACUUUGCUCACUUCCAACGAAAGCCCUCUCUUAUCGAGAGUGCUACAAGCGUCGAUCCUUAGCCAGAAGCGGGCAAUAGCAAGCUGCGCGGGCGAUGUUCACGCGCAAGCGGUUGCCUGGUACAAUUUGGGGUGGACAGAGUACCGCGCUCAUGUGUGUCUGGAGCAGGAAGGGGAGCAGGGUCAGAAGCUUACUACGUUCCUACGAGCGGCUAUGAAAUGCUUCAAGAGGGCUAUCGAACUGGAAGCAGGCAAUGCUGAGUUUUGGAAUUCGCUUGGAGUCAUCACAACCACUCUGAGUCCAAAGGUCGCUCAACAUGCGUUCGUCCGCUCUCUGCAUCUCAACGAACGUAGCGUCCGCGCAUGGACAAACCUCGCCACGCUCUAUCUACUCCAGAACGAUCAGGAGCUCGCGCAUCAGGCGUUCUCCCGGGCCCAGUCUACCGACCCAGACUACGCUUUAGCAUGGGUGGGCGAAGGCAUCAUCGCCCUACUUUUCGGCGACACCAACGAGGCACUGUCGCACUUCACACAUGCCUUUGAGCUUUCGGAUUCUUCGCCUUUGCUAACCAAGCGGCAAUACGCCGUCUCCACAUUUGACUUCCUGGUCUCGUCGCCUUCAGCCUCAAACAACAUUACAAACCUCGUCCAGCCACUGUUUGCUCUUCAUCAGCUGAGCUUUCAGGCUCCCUACGAUAUCCCACACAAGCAUCUAGCCGCACUGUUCCUCGAGCGAAUAGGCAGUCAUGAUGCAGCGAUUAGUGCGCUAAUGGCGAUAUGCGAAGCCGCGGAGCAGGAAUACGAGACUGCAGAGUCGCUUUCUGCGCUAGCGCGAUAUGCCCAGGGGAAGAACGAUCUCGCUAGGAACCUCCUCGCAAGCGGCUCUAAUGACUCUGCCGCUGAGGAAGCGGAGACUGCAUUGGAAUCACUCUCCGACUUCGAUGCCGAAUCGAACAAGUCCAUAAUGUCUCCCGACGCACUCUCCAAGACCAGACUCUCAGCAAGGCUUACAGCUGGGUUGGCACAUUACUUCCGUGGCGACCUUGACGCCGCUAUUCCUUACUUUCGAACCUCGCUUGAAGCCACGGGCUCAAAUCCGGACAUCAUAUGUCUUCUCGCUGAGGUCCUAUGGGCUAAGGGCGGCGAAAACGAAAAGGAUGUCGCGCGAGAGCAACUCUUCGCCGCUGUCGAAAAGCAUGGCCGACACGUCGGCGUUGUCACGCUUUUGGGUGCCAUGGCGAUGAUAGACGAGGAUGUAGAUACAAUGGAAGCAGUGAGAGAAGAUCUCGAGUCUUUGCGUACAGACAAGGGCCUCACUCCCGAGCACUUGGCCCGUGUUGAGAAGGUCUUGGAGGCGAUAUCCUGCUCCAUCGGCGGUGAAGAGCAGGAAUUGGACGAGGCUAGGCGGGGUGUUAUGCUCGCACCAUGGAAGCAUACCGGCUGGACAGAACUGGCGGACGCUACCGGCGGAGACGCCUUCGCGGCGACUAUGGCUAAGGAGACGGCGAGGAGGAGUGUUGCUCCUGUUGGUACGCUCGAUACGGAGGGGCUCGCUAAUGCUUUCGCGGGAACAGGCGAUGUAAAAGAUGCGCAGAGGGCCAUUGUGCUUGCACCUUGGUGUAGGGAAGGCUGGAGCGCGCUUGUGGAGUGCUUGAAGGCUGCAUGAGCACGACAAAUUCAUGAAGAUUGGGGCAAAGAUUCAGCGAUGCUGCUCCUUCCGCUCAGGCUCGCUAUACUUGGACACAGAAGAAUAUAAAUAAGCCGCGUAGCUUCCCUGACGCGCCGCGUAGUGACUCGCAUUGAAAAUUAUGAAUCCUCAAAAU